UUCUAAGUUUAAUCGCGUGUUUAUAUUGAACUUUUUCGCAUAUUAUGGUGCAUUGUGUGUGUAAAUAACUGUUUAAUGUGAUUUUUGGAGGUUUCAUUGGAUAAAUAGUUCAAAUGGCAUAUUUUAUAGAACUGUUAUGGCUCAAUGUAGGACUAUCACAGAAAUCAAGGAGUCAAUAAUUUUAAAGUUAAAUUGUUAUAUUAUAAUAGUACAGAAUAGUUGCUGUGAACGAAGCAAUACAGAUAGUUUACAAGACACAGUGAGAGUAAGCAAUCUGUACGAGCUGAAUACUGAAACAAAUAGAAACCGAUUACUUGUACAUCAUCUAACAGAAGACACGCUGAUCAACAGUUUUUACCUAAUGUCGGAUGAACGGGAACGUCUCCACUCAUUUAUUCCAACAUGAAAACCAAACAGACCAAGGAGGAGUCUGAUAAGAGCCUCGAUGAAGAGUUAGUAGUAGAACCCAAGACUCGAGCUCGCAAGAAAGCUUCCGAUGUUACAGAAGAAGACAAAACUAAAUCUACCCAAGAUGAACCCAAAACAUCUAAAGAACUUAAGAAGCCUAUUACCAAGCCCAAGACUCUAGUUAAGAAGAGACCGCUCGGUAUAAGAAAAACACUGCGCAGUAAAAAAGCUAUAGUUGCAAAAAAUGCAGUAAAGACAAUUAUCAAACAGGCAGUGAGGCGUGGUAGAAAACCAGCUAUUAAGAUUGAACCUGACAAUUCUCAAAACAAGGAAACCGUCCCACUAAUACCUGUCUCUGAAAUUAAGAAAGAGCCAGUUGAUGAUACGACACCAAGCUCUAGAUCUUCUAGUCCUAAAACAGCUGGUCGAAGACAGAGGCUGAGUUCUGAUAUGAUCAUGAUGAAAUCUGUACUUGCAGAUACACCUAGCACUUUGGUGCUUGGUCCACGAACAAGUCCCUAUUCCAUGAGGUCAGAAAGAAGUAACAGUCCUUUACUCUCUGAAGGUAAAAAUUUACGUAGUGGGAAACCAAGAAAAGUUAAAACUAACUUGUUGAAUGAAGUUGUUAUGAAAGAGCAGAAAAAGCGGCGUCGCUUGCUCUCUGAUUCAAAAACAGCUGAAGUUCUAGAAUCCUCUGAAGACUGCAAGAAAUUAAAAAGAGGACGGUCAUGUUCCCGGGAUGGUAGUGAAAUCUCAAAAUGCUCAGAUAUCACAGAGUCUGAUGUCAGCCUGAAUGAACAACUUAAUGACACAGAUAGUAAGGAGCUCAACAAAAAAUUAGAUAAAUCCAAGACUGAUCUAGAUAUAGAUAUUGAAAAUAAUGUACAGAUCUCGACACCUGAAAAAGUGCCUUCUCUUAAUGUUGACUCCAACAUAGCUGAAUCCAAACCAGAUCCAGAGCCUAGUUCUAAUAUAAAUAGAAAAAGUAAAGGAAAAAGUAUGAGCUUAAAAAGAAGUACAUCCUUAGACUCUGAUAACAAUAAUAGUAAUAGAUUAAAAAUAGAAAAUUCAUUGGAUAUUGAAGACAAAUUAUUAAUAAAGACUGAUACAUUUUUUGAAGCUCGUAGUAGUAUACUCAAUAGUAUGUCCGAAACAUUUAAUUCAAAAGAAGUGACCAAAAAUAUGAGGAAAGCAAGGAGAGGUAGAAAAGCAGCUGCUACAACACAACCAACACCAAGCCUUGUGGCUAAAACAUGUACCACCAAUACAGUAACUAGUGACUCAACAGAGGAUAAACAAGAAACACUUGAAACAUUAUCAAAGGAGAUUGAUGAUCUCAUUAAUAAUCUGGACCAAAAUAUAGACCGUGACCAUGAGAUGGCUAAUAUUACUGAAAAUACAGAUCAAUUGCAAACAAAGACAGUUUCCAAAUUUUACUCUUUGUCAAAGCCUUUAGGUGAUAAUAAUAGUAUUGCAACUUCUGAUACACCUAUUAAGGAUAAAGAAACAAGUACAUCAUUAACAAAUGAAAGUACACCUUCUAAGACUGAUGAUAGUGAAAAUAUAAGGCUUCAUUAUGAAGAAGAUUCUGUUGAUAAGACAAAUAGUGGCUCCAAAAAUGAAAUUGCAUACAAAUGCAAUGUAGCCAGUAUAGAUAAGCUUAUGGACAGAUUAAAAGAAUUUGAAGAAUUUGAUAAGAGACGUCAGAGACAAGAAUCUGAAUCUAAAUCAAGUGAUAGUAAAGCCAUGAUGGUUACUAGUGAUGUUGUAUUGAUUCCUAAAUCAGGCGCUGAAAUUAAACCACUGAAAGACAUACAAUCGGUGAGAUCACCAGAGAAAACUAUUGAAAAGGAGAAUGUUUUAAGUUGCUUUGAAAAUAAUUCUGCAAUUUCAAUUGUUAAAAGAGAUCAAGCAAGAAAGUCCAUCGAUGUUGAUCUACCUAAUUCGGUAACAUUAAUUAAAAGGAACAGUGUGAGUGCCCGCAAAGAAUCAACAAGUUCGAACCACUCAAAAGAAUCUGAUGCCAAGAGUAUAUUUGAUUCUUUAGGAAAAGAUGUAACAUUGACUGAAAUAAGAAAGUCAGUAGAUAAAUCAUCACCUCCCACACAAAUAGAUUUACCACAGUUUGCUACUUUACUACCUAAUAACCCUACUCAGACUUUGGCGGGUGUUGUGUUAGACCCUAAUCAAGUAUCUCUCACACCUCGUGUGGUCACUGAGCCGAAAAUAAGUAGCGAUUUGAAAAUCAUUCCUAAACGAAAAGCUUCACUGGAUGUAUUGUCAAGAAAAUCUUCAGAAUCAGCAAAUGAAGUUCAUGAAGAAGUGAUGGCUACGUUAGAAAAGAUUAAAUCACCAUCGCAACAAAUGAAAUCACCGCCACAUCAAAUUAAAUCUCCGCUAAAUCCAAUUAAAUCUCCACCACAUCAUAUUAAAUCUCCAGUCACUUCCAUCACACCCUCCCCAGUGGCUGCGAAAUCAGAGGAAAUGCCACUAAUAGAAACAGAAGCGCUUCCUCCACCACCAGAAAGUGACAAAAUUAUUUCUAAUGAAUCUUCACUGACCACUGAAUUAGAUAUAGAUAACACAAAACUAAUUAAUAAUACUGCUUUAGUUAAAAGUUCUGAUGGAGAAUAUAUUAAAAGCAGUGGUACUUCUGCAAAAGUAAAAACAGAAGAUGAUACCAUUAAACCAUCUACACAACCUGAUGGUCCUAGUGACACCAUUGAUGAAAUGGCAAUCAUUGAAAAAUGUGAAGAAAAAAGUGAUACUGAAAAAGAAAAAACAGAAGCAGUAGUUGAUAAUAAAUCUGUUGGUAGUGAGAACAAACCCUCUGAAGCUCAGGGUGUGGCCAAGCGGCUUAAAAGUCCAGGUAGACCAAGUAAGUCUGCUCGUAAUUCAAUUGAGUGUUUACCUGGUCCAAGUAGUGUCUUACAUGAAACCCCUGAAAGUCAAAAAAGAAAGGAGAAUGUAUUGAGGACACUAGGCUUGUUAACACAUAAAGCAGCAAAAGAAGCUAAAAUAGAAAAAUUAAAAGAGAAACAACGCAUUUAUGGCUCUAACCUUGGUGGUAUGAUGUCCAAUAAAGGUAAAACCAGUAAAUCAACAUCAGGUGACUACACUGGAACUUUAAAAACUGUUAUAAAACUUAAUAGAAAUACUGGAGAUAAGAAAAAAUACAGGAGCUCUUUGAAGAUGACAUUCCAGAAGAGUAAAAAUAGAUCUGGAAAGACAGCGCCCGAAGGUGCAGAAACAGCUGAUGAUGAUGGCGCCUAUUACACCAUCGAAAAGCGGGAGGGCGGCGUGGGUGCAACAACAGAUGGUGGGCACAGAAAAUCACAUUACAGUAAUCGUCUUAACAACCAUGACACAGAAACAGUCCCAGAGCCUGUAGAAGCCAAAGAGACCUUGAACCUAGUUAUUCCCGAGAAGGCAUCAUCAUUUAGCAUCCACCCUGGGAGACUUUGUCAAGACCAGUGCUUCUAUUGUGGAGGAAAAUUCGGUCUCUUCGACACACCCUGCCAUAUUGCGCAAAUGAAAAGUUCUGAGAGGCAGAAGAAAGUUCUAGACAAUGAGGAGAAACUAACAAUAGACAGUUGUCUAUGCGACGCGUGCUACCGCCACGUGGACCGGCGCGCCAACUGCCCCUCGUACCGCAAGCGGCCCAUGGUGAAGCAGCCCACAGACGUGUCCAUGCUGCCCUCGCCGCCGUCCAACCCACAAAAUGAGAAGAUCCCGAGUCCGUCCCUGGAAGAGGAAAGCGAAGAGGACCCGCCCGCGCCGCCUCUGGCCAGCGGACGACCAGCCAUCUGCCACACAGAGGGCUGCACAGCUACUGCCGAUAACUUCAUCAGACGCAAAUGGCUCAUCAAGAUGAGGAGCAGUGUGAACAAAGUGCUGAAGUUGGAGUGCGACUACCCCGGGCUGCACACGAUCCCGCUGUGCAGCGUCCACCACCGCGCGCUGGCGCCGCUACAAGCCUGCGUGCUGUGCCGCAGGCGCAUCACCAAGCAUCACAACGUGCACUUCAUACACCACGGCUACACGGAACUGAACCCGUGGCUGCAAGAGGCCGGCAUCCCGGUGCAGUUCACGGAACGACCGCUGCUGUGCAAGACUUGUCGCGGGUACUGCACGCUGCUGCAGCGCGGCGGACACAGCGAGCCGCACGCCAGGGGCUACCGCCGCAAGUUACUCCAAAUAUACAACAUAGAAGUACCGCCAGGAUCUGAUAAUGAAUUCGACGAAUCUAGUAUGCAAGAGGACUGUAAUUCUAGCAUCAGCAAGCAAAAGAAAAAGCAACGGACCAAAUCGAAACAGAGAAAAUCAACAGAACCAGAAAAGACAGGUGAUAGUGAAUCUUCGGAAAGGACUAGUCCUCACAAUGAAGAAUCUCUAGAUAAAGAUAAAAUUAAGGAAGAGAGUAAUGAAAGCCAGAAGUUAGAUCAACCUAUAGAAGAAGAUAUAGAAAGUCUUAUUUCGUCUAACAAAAUUUUAGUGCCUGGAGCUAUCAAACAAAAUACUGAACCUAAUGCACAUAGUGAUGGUUCAGAAUCAGAAACUGUGUUUGAUAUGGAGACGCCUUUACUCCCGUUAGAUAAACAGACAGAAUUACAAUAUCUUCUCCAAAGACAAAAUAAUCCUGCUCAGUUCUUACAAAAGACGCCAAAUUUGACACAAAAGCAAAAGAAUAUUCUAAAAUUACAGACAAUGUCUGGUAUCCAGAAGCCCGGUCAACAGCACAGGAUAAAUGAUAAAAAUGCUAAGAGAAUUCAUAAGUUAGGGAAUAUGGUCGCAUAUAAAGAGAAAAUGACACAAAAAAGCAAUGACAUGGAAAUAUAUGAAUUUGACAAGUCCAGAGAUGCCAUUCUUAAAAAUAUUACACUAAACGAUGAGUGCACUAUUGAAAGUAUACCAAAUAGAAAACAGGCUGAUAUAAAUACACUGAAAAAUAAGUGGCAGUUGUCUGAAAGCUUCACUCAGGUUAAGAAAAAUUUAAGUGAAUUAUCAAGAAAAUUAGGUGGAGAGAAAGAAACAAAGAAAGUUACUGAUGGCAAAUACUCCAAUCCUGUUAAAAGACUGGAAACAAACCCAUCAAUAUCUGUUCGAGAAUUGUUCCCAGGAGAAGAAGAAAUGAACUUGCAGUGUAAUAUAGAAUUCAGUAAUGUUAAAGGUGUUACUCCUGAAGGAUGGGAAAAAUGCAAUUCUUUGAUUCAGUAUGAUGUAGAAACUAAGAAAUUAUGGAAUGAAUUGCAAAGACCUUAUGGUAAUCAGUCCAGUUUCUUACGCCACUUAAUAUUAUUAGAAAAAUAUUUUAGAAGUGGGGACUUGGUGUUGACUCAUAAUGCGUCACCUCACGCCGCCAAUUAUAGUGACUCUGUGCAAAGUAGAUUGCGUGCUUAUGACAACAUCAGCAAUGAUGCCCCCAGGCGCAGUGAGCCAGCCAUUAGUUUACUGGAAUACCGCAAGAAACCAUCAAUAAAUGGUAAAAGCUUGCUCAAAUCUAACCAGCAUUCGGAUACCGACAAAGAUCCCAAGAAGUUCAUGCCACCGCCAGGUAUAUUCCCCAAACCCAAAGCUGUAAAAAAUAGUGACAAGACAAAAUCCAAACCAUUGCCUCCUGAGCUAAUAGCUAUUAAUACUCCAAAUGCUCAAGGUAGGAAAGCUAUACAGAACGUUCUACAUAACAUACAACAGCUCGUAAAAGACGUAUCGGCUUCUGACCCUACGGAAGUUGCUGCCGCGCCUCUACCGGGUCCCAAGUUCGAUCAAGCCAAAUUUGAGCCUGUUAAGGAGAAAAAGCAAGAUGCACAAAACCCUAAAGAAAAGAAGGAAAUCUCAAAAAGUGAUACUCCAAAACGUCAAAAGACAACUAGCAAACCAUGGAGACCAACACUGAUGCCUAUUACUCCCGAAAAUAUGGCUAAGAUAGCACGCGAGCCGACACAGGUCGCCGUCGACGGCCGCAAACUUCACAGCCUCGUGCAAGUCAUGUCCUCGGGAAAACGGUACCACAUUACGCUUCAGGACUACAACAAGAUGUGCAUAAUGAGGCGGGAGAAAUUACAACAGUUACAGGACAGUGAGUCGAAGACGAAAAGGCAGUCCACUGAAGAGACUAGCGUGGUAACGGAAAUCCAGCCCUCGGCCAUACUCGGUAACGGUGGCACCGUCGUGCAGAACAUUACCGAGGAAAAAUCACAAGAUAAACCAAAGGAUAUGCCCGAACUGAGUCAACUGAGCACAAACGCCGCAACGAUACUCAAGAAUGUCGGUUUGAAGAACAUUACGAUAGCACCCAUCCCGCCGAAAACGGCGACAGUUACUUCGCAGACACCGCCAGCCCCUGUGGUGUCGUCUGCACUGUUAGUGACCGCGGCUGCCAGGCCGACUCCGUCAGGCCCCGGCCUGGCUCCCAGGCCGCUGAUCUCAACCGGGGGCCCGGCCCCCAGACCGUUGCCUACAGCCCCAGGGUCCACGACCAGAGCCACCCCACCCGGAGCUGCCGCGAGGACCACACCGCCUGGUGUGGCCGAGGUGCCUUCUAACCUGCCCGUGUUGACUACACACAUGAUCAUGCCCAAGAUCCCGAAGUCGCUGACAGUGAUCCCGCAGACGGUAGCCGUUGCGGCGAGUGGACCGCAAGCGACGACCGACGGAACGCGUCCAUAACGACGCCUCAUCUUCGUGGUCGUGUAGCGACGGCCUCACGUGACUACGCACCCGUAAACGGCCGUAUGUUUCACUAUAUUUAUUCCGAACUGUGGAUGGAUGCGUAUUUUGCUGCCAAUGGAUGAAUGCCCUUGGCAAAUUUCCAUACAGUUUUGUGAAAGAGAUCGCAUAUUGGUCCUGCUGUGUAGUGUUAGUCACGUAACCCGAGACAAUGAACUAUUUAAUCCCGUUUAAAUUAUUAAUAAAUCAUAUUUUCUUAUUGCUUAUGUUUAGUGAUACUCGCCUCAGGUUGGGACGUUGUGAUGUGACGCAAUAAAGUGAUUAAAAGUGAUUCUGAGGUGUGAUGCAAUAUGUUAAGUGAGAUCACCGGUCAGCCUUAGUAACUAUAUACUGUGUAUAUACUAGUAUAGGGAAGUUGGACAUUUAAAUGCGCUGUGAAUAAUGGUGACAAGGAUUGUGUUAAAUAUAUUAUUCUCAAAUUAUAGGUUCUCUUUCUUUUAUUUAUGCAAAUGAUACGUUGGUAUACAUCAUUGAUUAUUAAAAUCAAUUGAAUAACUAUUUUAUUGAUUUCAUAAAUGGAAUAAGCAGUAAGGAAAUUUUACAUGAAGCUAUGUAUACAUGAAAAUGCUGAUAUUAUAAUUGCAUUGUGAUCUUUCUACUACUAGUGGUACAAGUAGUAACCCUUGUACUUAUUAUAGCAUAGUUAUUUAUAUAUUUUAGCACUUACUGUUGACAGGGAUAUAUUAGGGGUAGGUAUAGAUAUACAAAUUAUCAGUAAAAAUCUUUAUGAGUGUGGGAAAUAGAAUUAACUUUAUUGAUAUAAAAGGAUGAUAAAACUAGGCUACAGACGCUGUACAAUUUUAUUAUCAUAAUAUUAUACAAUAAAGCUAAUCCAUUUGGAUUUAUACAAUGCCGAAGUAUGUGCCACUGCAUAUAAUUAGAAUAUUUCUAAAAAGCAAUUUUGUGGCACUCUUUGAAUAUCAUUAAUAGCUUCAUAUAAAAUAAUAGUAUUCAGGGUGUAAAGGAAGUGCUACCGAAUACUACUUAGUGUAAUUUCUUCAAAUGGGUUUGCAUUUGAAAUAAACCCGAUCUACAUACACUUUACACUGCUUUUAUGUCGCAUUCAGUUUUCGGAAAUAUUUUCUAAUAAGUAAAUUUACUACUUUUAAAUACAUUUAAUUUCGUAACACUUCAUUGAUGUAUAUUAUAAAAUAAUUUCCUAUAGGAGAUGCUUAUAAUUGUACCUAUUUUUUUAAAUAACGAUACUACUAUAAAACACUGCUUUCUUUAAAGACGGAAUUAAGAAAAGUAAAUCACAAACACUAUUGAGUCAUGUGCCUAAAUUUAACAUGACAGUUUCAUAAAUUCUGUAAACCUUGUAUAUAAACCCUUGUGCCUUGGAAAUAAUGGUGCAGUGUGCCUAUUGUCGCUAAAUUCCUUUUUGUAAUGAUUCACAAGAUGAAACCAUGGAAUGAUAAGAAGUGCGUCUCUCUGUAGAGUAUGUAAUACAAUUAUUGCAGUUCCUCCAAAUAGUUAAUUUUGAAGUAGCCACUGAAUUGAUAAACUUCUAUUUAUCCAUUAUACUUGUUACAUAUUAAUAUAUGUAACAAUGAAUUAAUAUUAAUUGACAAAGUAUCAUACAUAUACAAAUAUAUUCAUACAAAAUAACAUAUACAACUUUAGCAAAUGUUCAUGUUGUAACUCAUAAAAUUUUAUAUAAUUACUCAUCCAUAAACUAUAAUAAUAAUCUGUAAUUUUAACAGUUCUGGGUGUAUUACAAAUUGCUAUAAUCCUGUUAUAUUGCAACAUAUAUAAAAUAACACUAUAAUGACAAUUCUCUUGCAACUCUGUCAGAAAAGAACCGAAUAAGGCUUAUUCCAUUUAAAUAAAUUUGUUUAAUACCAUUAAAUUAUCUUAAAUAUUAUGUUCAGUUACAAGCUAAAUCUACAAAAUUCUCUAGUCAGGUUAUAAAAUAUGCAUUUAUAAAUUAUUGUAAUGUGUUCAUUAGUUAAAACACGAUUGGCCCACUGUUACGUACCUCGUAUCAUUUGCGUGAACAUAGACAAAUCACUGUAUUGUAUAGAGUUGUAUAGCAUAAAGUAUAGUUUGAAUAUCACUGGAGCAUAUUUUUCCACUGUUGUAAUUUAAGAUAUCAUAUGAAAUACACAUGAUCAUAGUAUGUAUACAUAUAUAUAUAUAUAUAUAUAUAAACCACUAAUCUUUUAAAAAUGUUGCCUCGUUAUAUCUUAAUACCUACUGGUUUUUCAGUUAGGCAGAUACUUGACAUAUGUAACAAAUUUUAAGUCUAUUUCAAUAACAUUUAUUUAUAUCCAUAUUGCUUAAAUGAGAUACACACACAUACGAAUAAUUAAGUCAUUUCUAUAAUAGCAUUGUUUCUAAUUACAUAAUGAAUAAUUAAAAGUAUAUAAAAAUAUUAAAGUAGAGCCAAAUAAAAUAACUAAUUGAUUUACAAAGUUCAUCAAAAUUACAAUGGUGAUUAAAAUUGUGCCUAACAAUGGAGUAUAACUUAUAAUACAUGUUAUAUAACGUAAACAUAUUAAAAUAACAAACACUAUAUAAUGACAACUUACUCAAACCACUACUAUACGGAAAGUUCUUACAGUUUAUAUUUCAUAAAUAUCAUGGUUGAUUACAUAUUAUAUAUAUAUUGUUGAGAAUUACUAGUAUUUUAUUUUGGUCCAAUUAUAUAGAUUAUGGUCCAAUGUUACGAUUAAUAAUGUACAGAAAAUUUAUAUUCCUUAUGGCGAUGCUAUUACUAAAUCAUGAAAUAAUGAAUGUACUGCCCUAAACAGAACUGCAUUCUAUUCGCAAUACGAAGGGCAUCGCCCUAAGGAAUCCUUUUGAAUGUUAUAAUACUUACUAGUACCUAUUUUAAUAUUUGGAAGUUCCAUUAUGAAUUGUUUUUUGGUUCGCCUAUUGUCGGAGUGAAGUUGUGCUCACAGUUUUUGAACAAAUUGUAAUCCCUCAAUAACCGGAUGUUUUAAUUUCUUCCAAAGAUAGUGUGUUAGUUUACAAUUAUUAAUUUUUAGUUUAUAUUCGGCGCAACGGCCACUACGUGCCGGACGUAUGAAUUGUGUAAUAAACAUAUCCUUAUCUCCAGAA